ACAAAGCAUUGCGGUAAAUUGUGUUUUCCUUCACUGCUGACGAGCCGCUGUCAGCUGUUAGAAUUAAGCUCAAUCGGACUUUCUCCCGGCAGUAUGGGUCGAGGCUACAUAGUAGAGGAUGCUGUGGAGGGAUAUUUGUCUAAUCUCUGUGGUCAGCAAGCAGGUACAACCACGGGUCUGCUGAUCGGACAGAGUUCAUCCCAAAGGGAUUUUGUCAUCAUGGCAACUUGCACACCUCAAAGACAUGAUUCUUCUGCAAGUGGAAACUCCCUGGACAAAGAGUGGAUUACUGAGCAUGCUCGACAGGUGUCCAGGAUGCUGCCCGGAGGAAUCUCUGUCUUGGGAGUCUUCGUCAUCACUGAUAAUGACACCAAGGAUAUACUAACAACACUUCGACAGUUGGUGUUUGCAGUGGAGAACCUGAUCUCCUCAGAGCACCUGUGGACCCCUGAAGAGGAUGACAUCACAGAUUGUGUUGGGCUGCACGUCAAUGCCAAAACCAGAAAAACCACCUGCAGAACCUUUGACACAAAAGACCCCAAGAGUAUGGCCAAGCCUGCAGAUUGGAAGUACCAGUCAGGUGUGUGUUCCUCCUGCAUCAUGUUGUCAUGUUGUCUAAAUAUAGACAUGUUGGUGCCACUACCAGACAACAUAACCGUUAAAGAAAACAUGGACCCUUGUCUUAAGGAGGGACUGAAAUCAUGGGCGCACCAGAUUAAGAAUGGAGUUUGUUUGAUUGGCGGAAAAAAGAUGCCAGAGGAGACAGAGCUAACAACAGGGCAGAAGAGAAGCAUGAGACAAUACAACGCUCAGCUGCUUAUCACAUCGGCCUGUGGCUACCAGAGGUCAACAGAUGUGGUCCAACGGUGUGGAGGUAGUGUGUCCGUCAGUGGGGCAAUCCACAGCAGAACGUACUUACUUGGCAGCAAACCAAAGGCUAAACUGGCUGAGACGCUGCUGAAAAGAGACAUUGUCUCUACGGUGGCCACAAGGGUUCAAAUGCUUCUGGAGGAGCUGCUGACAUCAGAGGAAGACAGAAGAGAUGAGCAUCAGACCGAAGUAUAUGUACCACAACCCUCACGGUACUCUGCCUUCCCAUCAGAGCCAUUCUGCCUCCCUCGUCGUGUCUUUUGUCCUGCGAAGGCCACAGGGCCGGUGUGUGUGUGUGACUACCAGUUCAGUGACGAGGGCCUGGCCGAGGUGAGCGACAGACUGAAGGAGAUGCUGAGCAUUGAUGCAGCAGAGGAAGACUUGGAUACCAGGCAGGAAUUAACCGCUUUGAUCACAGAAAGGGAUGACACAGCAGCUCCAGAGCCCACUGCUAAAGUGCUGAAGCCCCAGAGAAACAGCUAUGCUGGUGCCGCUGUAGCGACUGCUGCUGCCCUGCUCGCUGCUGCUGUCUCCAUGCUUUAUCUGAACGAUUUCUGACACACACACCCUAAAAUAAAGUUCACUGUUAUACGUA